AUGCCUGUGCACUCACUACCCAACCUGACGGUGUUAAGCCUAAGCGGGUGCAGCAAAAUCACAGACGAUGGCGUGGAACUCAUCGCCGAGAACCUGCGCAAACUCCGCUCGCUCGACCUGUCGUGGUGCCCGAGAAUCACUGACGCGGCGCUCGAGUACAUCGCUUGCGACCUGAACCAGCUGGAGGAACUCACGCUGGAUAGAUGCGUCCACGUUACGGAUAUCGGCGUCGGGUAUAUAUCCACGAUGCUGUCCCUGUCUGCUUUGUUCCUCCGCUGGUGUUCACAAGUCAGAGAUUUCGGCGUGCAGCAUCUCUGCUCCAUGAGAAAUAUUCAGGUUCUCUCGCUAGCAGGCUGUUCCCUGGUGACCUCGGCAGGACUCUCAACCCUAGUCCAGCUGCGGCACUUACAGGAGCUGGAACUAACCAACUGUCCAGGAGCAACGCCCGAGCUCCACCAUCACCUUCACCUCCAUCUACCCAAGUGCCUCAUUAUUGAGUAGCAAAAGGAAAAAAGAAAUACUAAUAAUAAAACAACAGUACUACCCAGCAUACAAAAAACGGGUCUCUCUAAAGCAGUCAGGAACAGAAAAGCAAAAGGAAAAUCUUAUACUCUUCUUAGACUAAUAGGUGUGACAUGUUUCCAUAUUGUAUUGGAGUUACAGUGCAUUCAAUAUUCUGUGGUGUCGUUUAUGUGCAUUUCCCCGGGAAAUAGGUGUUCUCCAUGCACGUGUAAAUUGGCAUUAUGAAAUAUUAUCCAUUAACCAAAUGGACACAAACCUUAAAGAUUGCAGUGCAGUGUCUAAGUGUCUAACAUGUACAUUACCAUGCAUCAUGAAGGAAAUAUGGUGGUAGAUAUUACAUAAUGACUAGGCGGAUUUAGAACACUGUUAAGGUUAUUGUGAUGAAAACAAUUAGGAAAACCUUUAUGUACAAUUUACUGUGACAAAUUAUCUGAUUAAGUGUUUCUUUUUCAUAGAACUGAUACACAUUUUUUUCACCAGUAAUGGUAUACUUAUUAAAUCUGAUUGACAAACUAUAAGUGGGAUGAUUGUCGUUGAAUGUUGCGUAUGUGAGGGUGAAGUAUUUCUGUAGUUUUCAGCUCUUUAAGACAAAACUAUAAAACUAUUGCUGUAUGUACUUGAUUUAUGUCUUUCAUUGAUGUGACACACUUUUACUGCUCAUAACGAACCAAACAAGAAAAUGAAAACGGACAAUUUUAAUCCGAUCACGUCUGCUACAGAGACAUUACACUGAAAUGACUCCGACAUGUCCAACCGGACCACGACUUAGAUAAAGAGAGUUUUACAGAUAGAAUAUCAGACUUAUCAAGCAUGUCUACCAUGCAAAAUGGGGAUAAGGGGAAUAGAUUGUACCAGUGUGGGCAGCAUACUUGUAGUGCAUCUUCCUCACCGCCCAUUGUAACUGAAGAAUCAUUAACACAUAGUGCUAAUAUUAAGGCGUACUGCUCAUUUCAUAAUCAAUAUUGUUUUACCAUGUGAAUAGCACAGAGAGCAAUAACAUAUAUUUGAUUAUUUGACAAUACUGUACUAUGGAACAGUCCUAAGGCAGAUGUCCCCUUUUUGGUAACUGGCAGCCUGAAACUGAUUAUGCACAAGGAUUAUAAUUCAGUGCAUUGUAUAUUUUCUUUCUCUUUUUUGUCUGUGCAUAAAUAGGUGCUUGAUUGAGAGUUUUGCUUUAGUUACAAUGCAAUAUUUGGAAUGAAAACGGAGUUUAUCUUCAGUAAACAAAACUGUAUCAGGUCUUAUUGUAGAAAUACACAAAUUCUGUGGGUUUUGAAGUAGUUGAGCUAUGUACCUGUAUGUCAUCAAAUAGAGUUUGAACUGUG